AUGAAACGAAUACAGAUUUUAUUUUUGUUGAGGACAGAAGAACAAACCAAAGCUUACAGAAAACAUUGUAGAAACACCAAAUAUGAGUUCCAUCAUCUGAUGAAAGAAGGAGAGUCGUUACCAGCGUGGUUUCUGAAUGUGGACACUAUAGAGGACUUAGAUUUCGAUAUAGUGGGUUAUAUAGAAAAGUCCAUAAAAUACGUCAAGGAUCAGAAUAUUGAUUUGGUGAUAGGGAAUUGUGAUCUGGGACAAAUGAUAGCUGGAAUCGUCCGAGAAAAAACUGGUCUACCAGGAUGUAAGAUAGAGUCGAGUUUUAUUUGUUACCACAAAUAUUACACCAAAAUAUUCUCCAAGUUAGAUUUUAAAUUCUGGUAUUUUGCUGCUGAUCUUGAUAAUGAGGAUUGGAAAGUAAAAAUAAAAUAUCCUGCUUACGUCAAGCCACCAUAUUUUGCUGGUGGUUACGGACAAUUUGUGGUAAGAAACGAGAAGGAGAUGAUUCAAGCUAUUUCUAAAAUUAAAAAAUCUUCAAAUCCAGUCCAGGAUAUGUUCAAAUCGAUGUUUCUAAAACAUCUAGAUAUUAAGAAGUUUCCUUUUAGCAUGAAAAACAUUGUGAUAGUCGAAGAAUUUGUUGAAGAUAGCAAAAUGAUUGCGACUGAAGGGUAUGUAGACCAAGAUGGUGCCUUUCAUCUAUGGGGACACUUUGACGGUUUGAGUUUUUCUAAACCAGUUCCUUGUGAUUUUCUGCGUUAUACUCCGUCAACCACUACGUCAGACGUUCUAUGCGAUGUUGAAAAAUUGGUUCAAAAAUUUUGUUCUAAUUUAAAUCUAAAAUCUGUGUUUUUUAAUGUCGAUCUUUGGGUGACAACUGACCCAGAAACAGGGAAAGUCGACAUCGAACUUAUCGAGAUCAACAAAAGAAUUUCCCAGGCCCUUUCUAAUCUGUAUGAUUUCAUGAAACAACCAAGCAGUUUCCAGGCAGCGUUAUCGGUGGCCCUGGGACAAGAAAAAGAAAUCAAGCAUCCGAUUUUAAAGCCCCAAGAGGAAACCUUUGGAAGUUUUAUGAUAAAAACUUGUGUUUCCGGUCCAGCGACAGACAUCUUUGAUUUUUCCCAGAUUCCCCUUCUGAAAAAAGAGCAUGGUGGAAAGUUUUCUGUAUAUUUAUAUAUUGAUGAAGGAGAUUACGUGAAACAGGAUUAUAAUAAAUAUGGUAGGACAAUUUGUCGCUGUCAUCUGGUAGCUGAAUCUUGUGAGGAGUUGAAACAACAAACGUAUAAAAUAACCAAUCAGUUGUUAAAACAGAUCUCUGAUCAUCGUCAAAUUUAG